UUUGCAGGGGAGGGCUGUCAGUCGGCGGGGUGCGCACUGGGGGCACCUCAGCCCCCACCGGCUAGCCCCACAUCACCACCACCACCGCCCCGAGCACCACCACCACCACCACCACACACAAAAAAAAUUGGAUACAUUUUGAAUAAAGCGAUUCGGUUCCUUAUCCGGGGACUGGGUUGCUCCGUGUGAUUGGCCGGCGGAGUCACAUGGUGAAAGUAACUUUACAGGGUCGCUAGCUAGUAGGAGGGCUUUAUGGAGCAGAAAAACGACAAAGCGAGAAAAAUUAUUUUCCACUCCAGAAAUUAAUGAUCAUGAGCUCGUAUUUGAUGGACUCUAACUACAUCGAUCCGAAAUUUCCUCCAUGCGAAGAAUAUUCGCAAAAUAGCUACAUCCCUGAACACAGUCCGGAAUAUUACGGCCGGACCAGGGAAUCGGGAUUCCAGCAUCACCACCAGGAGCUGUACCCACCACCGCCUCCGCGCCCUAGCUACCCCGAGCGCCAGUAUAGCUGCACCAGUCUCCAGGGGCCGGGCAAUUCGCGAGGCCACGGGCCGGCCCAGGCGGGCCACCACCAGCCCGAGAAAUCACAGCCGCUCUGCGAGCCGGCGCCUCUAUCAGGCGCCUCCGCCUCCCCGUCCCCAGCCCCGCCAGCCUGCAGCCAGCCAGCCCCUGACCAUCCCUCCAGCGCCGCCAGCAAGCAACCCAUAGUCUACCCAUGGAUGAAAAAAAUCCACGUUAGCACGGUGAACCCCAAUUAUAACGGAGGGGAACCCAAGCGCUCGAGGACAGCCUACACCCGGCAGCAAGUCCUGGAAUUAGAGAAAGAGUUUCAUUACAAUCGCUACCUGACCCGAAGGAGAAGGAUCGAGAUCGCCCACUCGCUGUGCCUCUCUGAGAGGCAGAUCAAAAUCUGGUUCCAAAACCGUCGCAUGAAAUGGAAGAAGGACCACCGACUCCCCAACACCAAAGUCAGGUCAGCGCCCCCGGCCGGCGCUGCGCCCAGCACCCUCUCGGCAGCCACCCCGGGCACUUCUGAAGACCACUCCCAGAGCGCCACGCCGCCAGAGCAACGGGCAGAGGACAUUACCAGGUUAUAAAACAUAACUCACACCCUGCCCCCACCCCGUGCCCCCG